UCUCUUUGAUGAGGAGGCAUUCAAACUCUUUUUCUAUUCAACUACCAUCUUGGUCAUGCAGUAUAAAUAGAUGAACCCCUCCCCUUUGGCUAAGCACAAGCAAACCCGGCUAACCAGCUCCUCUCAUCUCUCCAGGUUUUCUUAGCUCUCUGAUCUGCAUUUCCUCCAGAAUUUGAAGGGUUUGCAUUAAUGGCUGCCCUUAACUUCUCUUCUACUGCAACAACCUGCUUCUUGCUCGUGAUAUCGUUGCUUACCUUUUCCCCUACCGGCUCCAACGGUGACUAUGGAUGGCAAGGUGGUCAUGCCACCUUCUAUGGUGGUGGUGAUGCAUCAGGGACCAUGGGGGGAGCUUGUGGCUAUGGCAACUUGUACAGCCAGGGGUAUGGCACACUCACUGCUGCACUCAGCACUGCUCUCUUUAACGAUGGCCUCAGCUGCGGGUCUUGCUAUGAGAUGAGGUGCAAUGACGACCCCAAGUGGUGCCGGCCGGGCAGCAUCACAAUCACUGCCACCAACUUCUGCCCCCCCAACUACGCCUUGCCCAACAACAACGGAGGGUGGUGCAACCCUCCGCUGCAACAUUUCGACUUGGCUGAGCCUGCUUUCCUGCAGAUUGCUGAGUACAGGGCCGGAAUUGUCCCCGUGGCUUUCAGAAGGGUACCCUGCGUGAAGAAAGGAGGAAUAAGGUUCACCAUCAAUGGCCAUUCUUACUUCAACUUGGUCCUCAUCACCAACGUCGCUGGUGCAGGGGACGUCCACGCUGUGUCCAUAAAGGGGUCGAGAACAGGGUGGCAGCCCAUGUCCAGGAACUGGGGCCAGAACUGGCAGAGCAACUCCUAUCUAAACGGCCAGUCCCUCUCCUUCCGGGUCACCUCCAGCGACGGCCGGACGGUCACCAGCUACAAUGUGGUGCCUGCCAAUUGGCAGUUCGGCCAGACCUUUGAGGGUGGUCAGUUCUAGAGAGGAAGAUGGAGGACGUACUUCUUAUAUUUCUUUUUUGUUUUGAGAUUUGGAAUAUAGGAAGGGCCAUGCAUGCUGACUGCUGUGGUUGCUUUCUAGCGCCCGCAAGGCCAUAAUAUGAGCUCUUUAUAUACUAUAUAUACAUGUGAUUUUUUUUUUUUUUUUUUUUUGCGUAUGUGGUGCAUAGUAUACACCGUCUGUCUGUGCUUAUAGAAACAACAGUGUUUUGGCAGAUUAUGCAAUUGCAUGUGGAGUAGUUAUUUGUUCCUCUCUCUACAUGUUAAGAAGUUGUAUCACCCGAA